CACAAAUCUCAGGAUCUGCCAGGGCAGCAUAUUAUCUGAGGCAGUGGAACAAGAUAGGUGAUCUUUCCUUGACUCUGCAUGGCUCUGAUGAUGCGUUGAAAAAAUGGCACUACUUCUGGUCAUCGUACUGAUUGGGUCAUAUGUCUCUGUCUGUGCAGCAGAACAAAAAGUAUGUACACAGGAGGCUGUGGCUGACAUUGUAUUCCUGGUUGAUGGCUCCUGGAGUAUUGGGAAAAAAAACUUCCAGCAGGUCCAGACUUUCCUCCACACUCUGCUUGACAGUUUUAGUGUCAGUCCUGAUCAAGUCCGCAUUGGCUUAGUACAGUAUAGCACCUUCCCACAGACAGAGUUUCUCCUGAACACCUAUCAACAUAAACAAGAGAUUAUCGCGUCUAUCAAGAAAUUGCCUUACAAAGGGGGUAGCACCAUGACUGGUUUAGGACUAGAUUUCAUUCUCAAGGAGCAAUUUACUGAGCAAGCAGGGAGUCGAGCGAGACAGGGGGUACCGCAGAUUGCUGUUGUCAUCACAGACGGUAGAUCACAAGAUGACGUGGAGCCACACGCGGAUGACCUGAGGCGUCGUGGAAUCAUACUGUAUGCUAUCGGGAUAAAAGAUGCAGAUGCGGAACAGUUGAGAAAGAUUGGUAACGAGCCUCAUGACCAGCAUGUGUACAGCGUCUCUGACUUCAGCGCUCUUCAGGGCAUCUCUCAGAACAUCGUCCAGGUGCUGUGCACCACCGUGGAGGAGGCCAAACGUCAAAUAACUCAAGCCUCACAAGGAUGUCAAAUCGAUAUGGCAGACAUAAUCUUCCUUGUAGAUGGUUCACAGAGUGUCAGCCAUGAACAGUUUCAGAGUAUGCAACGCCUCAUGUCAUCUAUUGUGAACAGUUCCUCUAUUGGAGAAAACCAUGUGCGCAUUGGGGGCAUUGUCUACUCCACUGAACCACAAAUCCAGUUUGCUUUGAAUCAAUAUGAAACCAAAAAAGAGCUGAGACAAGCCAUAUCACGUCUGAGGCCUUCACGUGGUGACACUUACACAAGCAGAGCACUGAGGUACUCUCUAAAGUACUUUAAUGGUGUCCAAAGUAAUAAACGGGGGCACAAGUUUCUCAUAAUCAUCACAAAUGAAGAGGCAAGCGAUGCUCAACAAUUGGAAGAAACAUCUGCAAAACUGAGAAACGACGGAAUCAGUAUAUUUGGAAUUGGAGUAAAGCAGAUCGGGAAUAAACAGUUACGGAAUCAUCUGUUAACUAUGACCAACAACCAUGACAGGGUGUUCUAUGUAGAUGAUUUUAAUGCCUUGGAGGUAUUAGACAGAAGAAUUACCCAAGAAAUCUGUAACGUCAACAAAGCAGACUGUAAAAUGGAUCUGGUCAUGCUGGUGGAUGGCUCAGAAAGCAUCGCUGAUUCACACUUCUCAAUAAUGAAGAAGUUCAUGAUGGACAUGGUGAAAUCCUUUAACAUUAGUUCAAGCUUUCUACAAGUUGGGGUUGCUCAGUUCAGCACUUAUCAACAAAAGGAAUUCUACCUUAAUGAGUAUGAGAAUGGGACAGCUGUUAUUAGAGCGAUAGAUGGUAUAAAGCAACUUCGAGAAGGCAUGAAAAUUGUUCCAGGACUAAAAUUCAUUCAGGAAUUCUUCAAGACUGAACAUGGCAGUCGCAGAAGCAUGGGUGUCCGCCAAACCCUACUGUUAAUUACAGAUGGAGAGACAGAUGAAGAUGUUGAAGCUGCUACUGAUGAUCUUCGAGCCGAUAAAAUAGAUGUGUUUGUGAUCGGAGUGGGUAGAGUUCAAACUGAUCAGCUCCUCAAGAUUGCUGGCAGUCAAGAUAGGUAUUUUCCAAUUAAAGCAUAUGAAGAACUUACAAAGAUGCUGCCAACGCUGGUUGGCACGUUCUGCCCACGAUCUGAUGACCCAAACAUAAACCCAGACCUAGACCCAGGAUGUAAUGUGGACAUUGCCAUUGGAUUUGAUUAUGCCAGAAGGCAAAUUAACCUCCCUCUCGUCUUGGGACCAUUCCAGUUAAAGCAACAACUGCCCAAGAUAAUCAACAAAAUAUCAUCUCUGGAUAACAUAUGUUGCGCUCCUAAUAGCAUCAUCAAGACAAAGAUUGCCUUCAAUCUGGUGAAUGAAGAGGGAAAGGAGCUGGAUUACUUCCCAUUUCAGGAGUACAACUCAGAUGUUGUCAAAAAAGUGACAGACAUAGUGAUAAAUAAGGACAGUGUCUUCAACACACCGUUGUUGAAAUCUUUUGAAAAAGUUUUCAAAGAUUCAGCAGCUAAAGUGAAGGUGCUGAUUAUUUUCUCUGAUGGGCUUGAUGAGCCAGUGGAGAAACUGGAAUUGGAAUUAAGCCAUCUAAGGAGAAGUGGAGUAAGUGCACUGGUAACAGUGGCUUUGGAGGGAGCUCAAAAUACCCAUGAGCUUCAGAUGCUUGAGUUUGGGGGAAGUUUUGGAUACAAGAAGCCCUUUUCCAUCAGGAUGUAUAAUCUAGAAGAAGGCAUACGGAAAGAAAUAGACACAGCUACAGAGAGGGUUUGCUGUGGUGUGAUGUGUAAGUGCAGUGGUCCAGACGGAAUGCGAGGACCACGAGGACCGCCAGGCCAAAAGGGCAAUCCAGGGCCAAAGGGUCAUGAAGGAUAUCCUGGAGAAGAGGGCGGUUCUGGAUAUAGAGGACCUCCAGGUCAAACUGGGAUUCAAGGAGAUGCAGGUUGCCGAGGCAUAAGAGGUCACAAGGGCACAAGAGGGUACAAUGGGGAUGUGGGAGAAGAUGGUGAACAUGGCCUGGAUGGAGUUCAUGGUGAACAGGGUGAAACUGGUGUGGCUGGUGUUCCUGGAGACAGAGGAGAGCCUGGCAGCCCAGGUAGACAAGGCAUUAAAGGAGUGCCUGGCAUAGAGGGACAGCAUGGUCGAAAAGGAGAUACAGGAGAACCUGGUGCAGGCAACAUCUUUGCUGGCCAAAAGGGACAACAAGGAAACAGAGGAAGACAGGGAGAUACAGGACAGGAUGGUUUAGCAGGAAGACCAGGAGAUCCUGGAAACCUGGGCCCUGCAGGUAGAAGAGGUCCCCCAGGCAUUAAGGGAUCGCGUGGGGAUCCUGGAGAUCAUGGACAUCUGGGCCACUUUGGGCUGAAAGGACCCCCGGGAAACAAGGGCCCCAUGGGUCAUCCAGGACCAAUAGGGUUACCUGGUGUACCUGGUCUUCAGGGACCACGAGGAUCUACAGGUCACAUUGGACACAGAGGAAGUCCAGGUCAGAAAGGGCAUAAGGGUCAACCAGGAGAACCUGGAGUUAAAGGAGACAUUGGAUCAGUCGGCCCUAGAGGACCCCAGGGACAGGAUGGUAGAGAUGGCUAUGGAUUCCCUGGACCAAAAGGAUCAAAGGGACAGCAAGGUUAUCCAGGCUAUCCAGGACUACAAGGAGAGCAUGGUGCAAAAGGUCAAAGUGGAGGUCCUGGAAGCAAAGGAAGCUGGGGACAAGGGGGCAAAUCCGGUAGGGAUGGUCCACAGGGUGAACCCGGAACUCCAGGACUAGCUGGACACAGGGGCCCCAGAGGAGCGUCAGGACCCAGACAGAUGAGUGACUGUGAGCUAGUCAACUAUGUGCGCGACAACUGCGCUUGUUCUAUGGGUCAUGAAGACUGCCCAGCCUACCCCACUGAGCUGGUGAUAGCCCUCGACAUGUCUGAGGAUGUGACCCCUGAGGUGUUUGAAAGGAUGCGCGCCAUUGUCCAUCACUUACUGGAGGACAUGUCCAUUGCUGAGAGCAACUGCCCCAGGGGCGCCAGGGUGGCAAUUGUGUCCUUCAGCUCCAGUGUGAAGUACCUGGUCCGGUUCUCAGACUACCAUCGUAAGAAGCACCUCAUCGAAGAGGUGAAUAACAUUGCCCUGGAACGCACCUCAAACCGCCGCAACAUUGGGACAGCCAUGCGCUUCGUGGCCAGACAUGUCUUUAAACGCACACGAAAGAGUCUGCUCAUGCGGAAGGUGGCUGUCUUCGUCACCAAUGGAGCCUCCCAGGAUAUCAAGGCAAUUAACACUGCUGUCCUGGAAUUCAAAGCCCACCACAUUCACCCUGCUGUCAUCUCCUUCAGGAAUGCCCCUAAUGUCUUACAUGCUUUAGAGGCUGAUGAAACCCGAAGCUUUAUAGUGAAGCUAAUGGGGAGUGGUCAAGAACUGAAACCACAGUUGAGUGAGGUUCAAAAGUGUAUAAUAUGCUAUGAUCCGUGCAAAAGAGCAUCAAGCUGUUCCAGUGUGAACCAGGCUCCAACUCCUAUCCAAGUAGACCUGGAUCUAGCUGUGUUGGUGGACGGGUCACAUUUUGUGCAAGCAGACCACUACGGGGGUGUGAAGGAGCUCCUGGGUUCAGUGCUAGAGCAGAUCGCUGUGAGCAGCCAGCCAUCCAGGUCUGAUAAUCAGGCCAGAGUUGCCCUGUAUCAAGUCUCUAGCGCAUACAGACCCACAGCAGGACAAGUUCCUGUCCAACAGGAGUUUGAUUUUAUGAGAUUUCAGGACAGCAGUUCAAUGAAAAGCCACAUUUUCCAGAGCAUGCAGCAGCUUGGUGGGUCCUCCAGGCUGGGAUACGCAUUGAAGUGGGUCAUUAACAGAGGCCUCCUAACGGCCACAAAGCCACGGAGGAACAGAAUGGUUCUAGCCAUUAUUGGUGGGGAAACAAGCUACUGGGAUAGAGCCCAGCUUGAAUAUGCCUCCAAAUUAGCAAGAUGUCAGGGUGUGGUGCUGUUCACUCUGACUGUUGGGGACAACUUUAACACCACACAAGUGGAGGAGCUGGCCAGCCUACCCUUGGAGCAACAUAUGGUCCAUCUGGGAGAGGUGAAGCAAGGAGAGCAGGAAUAUGCCAAGCGCUUCUUGCGAACCUUCCUGAGCUUCCUUAAGAGGGGAAUCAAUAUAUAUCCUGUCCCAUCUGAACGAUGGAUGUGUCAGCAUUUGGAGCAAGAGAUAGACCAAGAGCCGACUAUUGUUCUAAUAGACAGCAUCCCUUUGCCUACUUCCAACUACAACCCACAACCAACUAUCCCCAAUCGGAAAGGAGACACCCAAGUAGAGACCUUUUACGAAAUAGAACAUGGGGUUAAAGAAAACACAGGCCACGGAGACACCAGUGGCUUUGGCAUAGUCCAGCAGAGAGAAGAUCUAUCAAGACUGGAAGACUUUGACACAGUCCAUCAGAGAGAAGAUAUAACAUCACUGGAAGACUUUGAAACAAUCCAGCAGAGAGAAGAUUUAUCAACUCUGGAAGACUUUGACACAAUCCAUCAGAGAGAAGAUAUAACAUCACUGGAAGACUUUGAAACAAUCCAACAGAGAGAAGAUUUAUCAAUUCUGGAAGAAUUUGACGUAUUCCAUCAGAGAAAGGAUGCAACACUGCUGCAAGAUGUGUGUACCCUUAGGCAAGAUGAGGGAAAGUGCCAGAAGUACACUGUGAAGUGGUAUUUCGAUACUGUGAAAAAAGAAUGCCUUCACUUCUGGUAUAGUGGUUGCGAUGGCAAUGGAAACCGUUUCAGAACCAAAGCAGACUGUGAGGCUCGUUGUAUGAGAACUAAGGCAAAUGGAGCUUCUAUUGAUGCAAGAUAAAUUUCAGACUUCGACAAUAAAAGUAUUCAUAUCAUCAUCACAUUAAAUGAACUCUAGAGGAUUAAAACAAACACAUUCAUAUACAGUAUAAUCAGGUGUAGUCAAUUAUCCUUUAUGGUGCUAUAUAAAAUGUCAAGACUAAAAACAAGGAACAUUUAUGUUAACCUGACUCUCGCCAGAUGAAUUUCGUUCCGCCUAGCUCCACUCAUCCAUCUGGGAUCGAUCCAUUGGAGUGGUGCUUCAG